AUGCAGAAUAGCAACUGUAGCAGCAGUAGAUCCAUUAGAUUGGACCAAUCCUCAGAUGGAGGAUCGGCCAAAAGAAGUACCUCUUCGAAUGGCGGUGCUGAUUCAUUAUCUGGAGUCACAAAUCAAACGACAGUGACCAUAUCGAUAUCCGACAAAUCUUCAGAGUCUGGAAGCUCAUCUGCUCUAAACACAACAAUAGGAGCAGGCAAUAGCAGAAGGAGUAAACCCAAGUCGUCAACAGUCAGGGAUUUCAGCAAGACAAUUAGAGCAACAUCGGAUCAUGUUCCACCUCUAGACUUUGAUGCUGCGGGGUUGGUCAGCCGAGACAAAGAAUUAGCCACUUUGAAAUCCUGCUACGACCGUCUGGUGAAGGAUGGGGGGAAGGAAUUUAUACUGGUCGGAGGUCAGUCUGGAUCGGGAAAGUCAAGCACAAUCAGAAGCAUUGAGAAGAACAUGUCUGUGGAAGGAUUGUUUGUGGAAGGCAAGUUCAAUAUGAAUACCAGUAACGAACCUUAUACUGGAGUGGCAAAUGCAUUUGGAGUCAUGUGCCGCAAGAUAAUCGAAGCAGGAUCGGAAACAAUUGCCGACCUUCGACAGGAUCUGCGAAAAGAACUGGGAGACAAGCCUGGAAUGUUGGUGCAGCUGAUUCCUGAACUAAAUUACAUCAUGGCCGUCGAUACUACAGACGACUCGAGCACGGAAUCGAUCGGGAGAGCAGACGAGGCGGAAGGUGGAGUCGAUCGCCUGCGAUUUGCAUUUCGUGUGCUGACACAAGUCUUCAGCGCUGUAUUUUCACCCUUGAUCUUGUUCCUAGACGACCUUCAUUGGGCGGACGUGUCAUCACUUCAAGUGUUGGAGUAUUUGAUUUCCGACACUCAAAAUGAGAAUCCUCUCAUGAUCAUUGGAAGCUACCGAUCGGAGGAAGUAGAUGAGAACAGUUUGCUUCACAACAAAAUGGUAGCGCUGCGAGAGAAAACUGAAAAGUUUCAAUUCCACAUGUCCGAGCUGAUGUUGGGAGUCUUCGGCCCGAGCGACAUUGAAAAGGUGAUCACAGCAGUAUUACCAUCAUUAAGGGCCGAUCACAUAGUGAGCCUUGCUGCUUUGUGCCACAAGCGCACGCACGGCAAUCCAUACUUUACAAUCGAAUUUAUCAAGAUGCUUCAUUUCGAAGGGAUGAUGAAAUUCGAUAAAACAACGAAGACUUGGUCUUGGGAUCUUUCAGAAAUUGAAAACGAAACCAUGUCGACUGCAAAUGUAGUCGCCAUGAUGGAGCAAUCUAUGAGAAAGCUACCAGAGCAGGUCCAAGCACUACUACAGUGUGCCGCCUAUCUUGGAUCGACGUUCAGUGAGCCAACGAUCGAGCUCGUUUGGAGCGCUUAUGGACGAAGGUUGGUGGACACAAGGACAAAACCUGUUUCAUCUCUUCUUCCGCCUCUGGUCGCUGAUAGCAUCUUCGAGAAAGGUGAAAAGCAGCAGUAUCGAUGGACACACGACAAGCUUCAAGAAGCUGCACUUUCUCUGUCAGAUGCGCGACGAGGUACCUUUCAGUUGGACAUUGGAAAAACCUUGUAUUAUGGACUCACUGAAGAGCAAGUGGAAGAAGACUUGUUUACGAUCGUGGACCUUAUCAAUAGUGGCAACGCUUUGAAGCGGCCAGAGUUUGCUGCCGUCAAUCUUAGAGCGGCAGAAAAGGCGCGUGAUAUCUCGGCGUUUCAGGCUGCCAGCGAGUAUGCUUUGGAGGGCAUUAGCCUUUUGCAGGAAAUCGACUGGAUUCAGAACAAGUCGACGGCUCUAAGCCUAUAUACUAUCGGAGCUGAAGCAGAACUCCUGCUUGGGAAUGUUACAGCUGCUGAGGGGUACCGUGAGUUGGUGCUCUCUCGACAUGACCUUUCGACACUUGAGAUGCUACCGCUACAGAUUGGCAAAGCCAAGGCAUUGGGGGAUGUUGAACUAAAGUCAAAGGAAGCACUGGAAUACUGUCUCAGCUUAUUGAAGAAACACGGCUGUCGUCUGACAAGGGUUCGGCAAUUGGCUUUUCCACAAGCUGUUGCAAGUCUGAUUCGUACAGUGAAGAAGGCAAAGGCAAAGCCACAAAGUUUUUAUGAGGAAAUGGAGCCGUCCGAAAACACAAAACUAAAGUACAUUGGGUACUUGCUUUCAAAAGUGACGUACAAUGCAUACACCGCUGGUGACAUUCCAAUGUAUCUGCUGGCAACUGUAAAGCUAGUUGACAUAACAAUGGAGUUUGGUGCAAACGAGUUCUCAGCUACUGCCUUUACAUUUUUGGGCAUGAUGUCAGUUAUCGUGCUGCAAGAUUACGAGGCCAUGGAACGGUUUGUAAAUAUUGCACUUGGGAUGCUGAAGAAGUUUCGGGGAAUGCAUGCUGCAGAGUCCAUCUUCGCCGGACACCAACUGGGUCUCUUUUGGGUGAAGCCACCCGAAAUCGGCCGCGUCGCAGCGGAAAGAGCUAUUUUGGAAGGCAGACGAAUGGGUGACUUGGCGUUCACGUUGUGGUCCAUUUUGCAACGUGUUGUCUACCUCCCGUACAUAACCGGGCGUCCAAUCCAUACAAUCCUGGAAGGCUGUUCCAAUGUCUUGGCCGAGUUUGAAGAGAGCAAGGCCGGCGCGAAUAUACUAAGCCUCAAGAUCCACUAUCAGAUGCUGGUGAAUUUGAGCGAGUCUUCGUGUGAAAAUCCAAGUUGGCGCUUUGGCACAAUAUACACCGAUACAAAGGAAGAUCACGAGGGGAAUCUUAUUCAUUUGGGUGAGAUCAUAGUCGUAGAAGGGGAACUCGUUUUCUGGAACAAAAUCAGCGAAGACUGCGAGGUCAGUGCCGAACGAGCGCUUCAGAUCGGAGAGACUCAUGCAAAGAUCACUCCAGCCAACUUUUGGAACCAAAUUGAGUCGUUUCAUCGAGCAGUUGCUCUCUAUGCGGCUGCAAUCAAAACGAAAAAAAGCAAAUACAAGCGCGCAGCAAACAAGAUCAGAAAAAGAAUGGCCGCCUUGGCGAAAUAUGAGAAUACUACCAUCCAGUACUUUUUUAUGUUUCUAACGGCGGAGCAUCUUGUAUUGCAAAGGAAGCACAUAGAGGCCAAGUUGAAGUAUGAGCAAGCUCUGGAAGCAGUGGGAAAGCUGGGACACCUUCACCACCUCGGGCUUUUCUAUGAGAGGUAUUCAGAUUUUCUUCGGCUGGAACUGAAUCUAGAGACAGAGUCUAGGUACCGAUUGGAACAAGCAAUAGGAUACUAUAGGGAUUGGGGAGCGGUUCACAAGACGAAAGCCUUAGAAUCAAAAAUGAAACUCAACAGAUCAUGA